AUGAAGUACCAUCUGAUAUUCUCCCCCCUGACGACCCACGACACGCAAACAAUCCCAGAUCCACCGCUGCUGUCUACUCCCCCACCGAGCUGCCGGCCGGCCGGCCAGCCACCGCUGCUCGGAGACCCGAUGGCCAUGGACGCAUCACCUCGGCUCUACCGCCGGCUCAGGAAGGCAUCCGACAUCUCCAUCGCCACAACCGCUCCCUCCUCGUCCAAGCGUAUGCGUACGAAGGAGGAACACAGCAGCUGCUGCGAGGACAAGAUCAGCAGCUUACCUGAGGAGAUACUGAUCAUGAUCCUUGACAAGCUAGACGCGCGCACAACAAUAACCACCACUGUCCUUUCAAAGCGGUGGCUGGAUCUUCCUCGGCGAUCACACGCAUUUUAUGAUUUUUCCAUUUAUGAUAUUCUCCCUCCACGCUACCACAGGCUGAAGAAAAUAGCUAUGGAGACUAAGGCCAGCUAUGAGGUGGUGAAGAGGACUCAGAAUCUGACUGACAUCUGUGACAAGUACGAUCGGUAUAAUGCCAUCAAAGACAGGAGUGAGCAGUGGAUGUGGAAAGUCCGUCUGCUCACACCCAUCCUGCAACGUUAUGAGCGUCUGGCCAUGCGAUGCUAUGUUAAACGGGUGAAUGCAUUCCUUCUGCCUCCCGAUAAUGUUCAGCGACGGUCUUUCCAGAAGCUGAGGCUUCAAACCUUUUGGAGGCCCGGUCUUGAUGAAUGGUUUAAGGCAGCGGUUGGCAGAUGGGGGGUUGAAGAUUUAGAGAUUGUCGUCGAGAGCCCUUGCAAGCAAUUGGGAUUCUAUCGGUUAGAUAGAUGCCAGAAUGUGCGGCUGAAACGCCUUCUGCUAUCCAAUUACUGUCAUUAUUAUGCAACCCCCCCAUUGUUUUUUCAGAGGCUCACAACACUUACUCUGUGCAAGGGAAGUUCACGUCCCCACCUCGUAUACGAUAUUCUGAGAGAUUGCUUGCAGCUGGUGGAUUUGAGGCUGAGGGAUAGUCCGCAUAGCCGAGCUCCUUUACACGUCAAUUUUCCUAACUCAAGGUUGAAGAAUCUGCAAGUGGACAACUGCGAUAUUUUUAAAAUCUAUCUGACUUCAGUGCCUUGUCUUGAAACAUUUGCUUGUCGGGGUCAGCCAACCAAACUACGCUACGGUGAGGUGCCUCGGCUUAGGCAUGUGAGUUUGAACUUCUUGGAAACUGGAUGUGCAUAUACUGGUGAGCUUGAUUUGAUUCCUAGAAAAAACACCCAUUCACUAAGCAAAUUCUUUAAAGGGGUGCCGCCACCAGUAGAGGAGUUUUUUCUGCAAUUGAGAGGGCAUCAGAUGUGGCUUAAACCAACCGCCAUAAUCAGCCGGCUUACCAAUCUGAAGAAGUUAUUCAUUGCAAACGUGCCAGUGGACUGGGAUACAUUCUGGAUAUUCAUCCUAUUUGCUGCCGUACCUUACUUGCAGUCGCUGCAUGUUCAUUUUGACAAUAACUUGGAGAAGGUGAGUGCUGCUGGAUCACUAGACGUGCAGGUCGAGCAACCACAGCACCAUCACCUCAGAGAACUCGUGGUCAUCGGCUUCGAUGGAGUGGCGUGGCAGACCGGCUUUGUGAAGCGGAUCAUGAGGGCGUCGCGGAGGCUGGGGCGUGUCCAUUUGCUUGACGGGCACGUCGUGGAGGACAAGGAGCAGGAGCUCGUCGGACUGGAGAUUCUCCCGCACCGGCGGGAGUGGCAUGAGUGCGAGAGGUUGGAGGUGCUCGAAGAACUCACAGAUGGCACUGGUUUCCCAGUUCACAAGAUAGUUUUGGAGUGA